CCACAGGAUGACAGCUCCCCGUACAGAGAGAGAAGGAUCCCAAAUCAAAUUCCUGGCUUUCUCUCUCCACGAAACAUUUCAUCGUCCACUCUUUCUUGCGCCAGCCCCCUCACCGGAAUCGCCCAUCGUAGUUGACUUAGCCGGCGACUUCUUUUACGAAGAGCUACUUUGAGCAGCAUUUGUCACAGAUGGCUUCUUCCUUCCGAGCAUUCCUGAACAGUCCAGUUGGUCCAAAAACAACUCACUUUUGGGGCCCUGUUGCCAAUUGGGGAUUUGUUCUUGCUGGAUUGGUGGACAUGAAGAAGCCCCCAGAAAUGAUUUCUGGCAACAUGACAACAGCAAUGUGUGUCUAUUCCGCAUUGUUCAUGAGGUUUGCAUGGAUGGUACAGCCACGAAACUAUCUACUGCUGGCAUGCCAUGUUUCAAAUGAGACAGUACAACUCUACCACCUUUCCCGUUGGGCUAGAGCUCAGGGGUAUUUGUCAGAAAAGAAAGAGGAAGCCUUAUCUCAGUAAAGCAGCUUUCUUUCCUGCUAUUCUUUCCAUAUCAUGUUUCUGCAAUUUUUGUUGUGAUCCUUGAAGAAUUUGUUCUGAACUUACCGUAUAAAGAAUUGCUUGAAUCAACUCGCAUUCAUUGACUGCUAAGCCAAUUUUUGUCAAGUGAAUCUCGAUUUGCCCUCUGUCAUUACCUGUGGAAGGAACAAUAGCUUGUAAUUCUAUAAGCACUGUCAGAUGAUUUGGGUGUCAUGUUUUUUUAAUAAACUUUCGACUUUCAAUCAAUUUGGCCAACCAUUAAUAUGCCAGGAUGUAUAAACAAUGUCUUGUACUGCAAUUGAGCUGAAGAUAGGUAGCUUUAA